AACACGUGUGACUGUGAGAACAUUUGUUUAUCACUAUAAACAAUUGCAGGUGCAAAUCAGUACAAAAAGGCAAACAUUGUACUGUAUUUUUUACACUUGGGUGUGUCAUUUUUGUUUCUAAACGACUGUACUGCAAAAAUGGCAGAUAUAGUGGGAAUAUCCAAUUUAGACUGGACGUUGUCGGCAUCAGAAAUAAGCCAGGAAACGGAUAAACUUAUUGUGAGAACUAGAAAGGUUUAUGAUCAAAUUGGAUCUUUAAAGCAGGAAGAUGUUUGUUUUGAGAAUACAAUUAAGGUUUUAGGAGAACAUAUGGCAUAUCAUAAAACAAUGCAAAGUAUUCUAGAAUUUCCACAACAUGUUUCACCAGAUAAGGAAAUCCGUGAGGCCAGCACACUCUCUGAUAAAAAGAUGUCAGAAUUUGAAGUUGAAAUGAGCAUGAGGGAAGAUGUUUUUUCAAACCUUGUGUCUCUUCAGCAAAACAAAAAAGAGCCAUUUAAAGAGCCAGAGUCUGAAAGAUAUUUAGAACGACUAAUUAAAUUGGGAAAAAGAAAUGGUCUGCAUCUAUCGCAAGAAGUUAGAGAUGAAAUAAAGGAGAUCAAAAAAAGAAUCAGUGAUCUUGGAAUUGAUUUUGGAAAGAAUUUAAAUGAAGAAAACACAAUUUUAGAGUUUUCUGAAGACGAGCUUGCUGGACUGCCAUCGGAGUUCAUAGAGAGUCUUGAUAAGAGCGAGGAUGGACGACGAAAGGUCACGUUGAAGUAUCCUCAUUACUUUCCUUGUAUGCGAAAAGCCUCUAAUCCUCAAACAAGACAAACGUUGGAGAAAGCAUUUAAUUCCAGAUGUUUGAAGGAAAAUACUGCAAUCUUGGAGGAACUGGUAGAAUUACGACAAAAAAUGGCGACAAUACUUGGAUAUCCAACGCACUCGAGUUAUGUUUUGGAGAUGAGAAUGGCUGAAACUCCUGAGAAAGUAUCUAAUUUUCUCUCAGAUUUAACUCAGAAAAUGACACCGCUGGGCGAGGAUGAUCUUCAGUCAAUGCUCGAGCUAAAAGCGGAGGAGUGUAAGGAACUUGGGUAUGAGAAUGAUAACAAGAUUAAUGGUUGGGAUCUAAGAUAUUAUAUGACAAGAAUCGAAGAAACAAAAUAUGCUGUUGAUCAAAAUAAACUAAAAGAAUACUUUCCUUUGUCUGUUGUUACUGAAGGUUUGCUGAACAUUUAUCAGGAACUUCUGAAGCUUAAAUUUGAGGAAAUUGUCAACCCCCCAGUCUGGUGUGAUGAAGCUCGUAUGUUUAGCGUUAAAGAUGCGGAGUCUGGGAAACUAAUGGGAUAUUUUUAUCUGGAUUUAUUUCCAAGAGAAGGAAAAUUCGGUCAUGCAGCCUGUUUUCCUCUACAGGCUGGCUGUCAGUUGGUCGAUGGUUCUAGACAGCUUGCAGUUGCAGCCAUGGUGGCUAACUUUACGAAACCAACGAAGGAGCGGCCAUCAUUAUUAAUGCAUACUGAAGUUGAAACAUAUUUCCAUGAAUUUGGUCACGUGAUGCAUGGUUUAUGUACCCAAGCUAUGUAUCCAAUAUUUAGUGGUACAAGGGUGGAACGCGAUUUUGUUGAAGCUCCUUCUCAGAUGCUAGAAAAUUGGUGUUGGGAAAAGGAACCUUUGAAAAGAAUGUCUUCACAUUAUCAAGAUGGUUCACCUUUACCAGAAGAAAUGCUGCACACGUUAAUAAAAUCACGCAACGCAAAUACUGGAGUGUUUAACUUAAGACAGAUUUUACUUGGAAGCUUUGAUCAAGCAAUUCACACCCGUGAUAAGGCGGACACUGCAAGUAUCAUGGCACAAUUGUCGCAAGAGAUUAUGAAGGUCCCAGUCACUCCAGGAACUAAUAUGUCAGCCUCAUUUGGUCAUUUAGCUGGUGGAUAUGAUGCACAGUAUUGUGGAUACUUGUGGAGUGAGGUGUACAGUAUGGAUAUGUUCUAUAGUCGCUUUAAGAAGGAGGGAAUCAUGAAGAGCGACGUAGGAAUGCUUUACAGGAAGUGUAUAUUGGAGCCUGGUGGAUCUUUGGAUGCUAAAGAUAUGUUAAGAAAUUUUCUUGGUCGUGAACCUAAUAAUGCAGCAUUCUUAGAAAGUAAAGGAUUGCAAGUAGAAACUUUAGCGUAAUAUUUAUUAUUUGUAUAAGACUACGUUUUUCAUUAUAUUUACAUAUUAAAUUAUAUCAGAAGGGGAUAAUAGGUAUAGCAUAGCUUUGAGCUAGAAUUCCUUCUUUCUAUGGAUAAAAUAACGCGCGAGUGGGCAAAAUAGUUCAUCAAGUGAAGAUCAUGUGUAUGAUAUGUUUUCUGUGUAUGCAGCUGAAAAAGAUGGCGUUUUUUAUUGAUUUAGCGAAAUCUUACCCCGCCUGUCAAAAAUGCUGAAAAUCUCGCUAAUUUAUAAGGGAAGAAUAAAGCAACUAAGGAUCGUUUAGAAACAUAAGUGGAGUUUAUUUUUAGCUUAUGUUUGCACCAUCAUUGUCAUUGAAACCUUCGUUGAACCAGGUUGCAGUAAUCCACGUGACCACGUAUGUCGGACGCAUUAAGACCUUGCAAAGAUGUGCUGCUAGUUGGCGUUUAUCAAACAACUAUCCAUAUCACCUAGUAGUUCGUCUUUAUUAAACAAUUAUCCAUAUAUCACCUAGCAGUUCGUCUUUAUUAAACAACUAUUCAUAUCACCUAGUAGUUCGUCUUUAUUAAACAACUAUCCAUAUAUCACCUAGUAGU